AUUUUUCGCCAGAUCGUCUGAGUGGCUGGAAGGCGUGUCAGAGGCUACUGGGAACAAAACUUUAAGAUUCAAUACCGAAAACUGAAGGAUGGAAAACUGCAAGGCCACAAAUACUGGAAUCCUGAAGUUAUUGCCUGUUUUAUUCUACGUCUUGUUCUGUAUAUCAUCCGUACAAUCAAGGGGCGAAGAAUGCCACUUGCGUCCUGUCAUUCACGUGUUGCAACAGCCUGGGUGCAUUCCAAAGCCAAUUCCGUCGUUCGCUUGUCAAGGAAGUUGCAGUUCUUAUGUGCAAGUGUCAGGAUCGAAGUUCUGGCAAGUAGAGAGGUCGUGUAUGUGUUGCCAAGAAAUGGGAGAACGAGAGGCAAACAUUGGAAUAUUCUGCCCCAAAGCGACACCUCGUUUCAGAAAAAUCGUCACGAGAGCUCCAGUCGAAUGCAUGUGCCGCCCCUGCACAGCAGUAGAUGAAUCAGCAAUCAAACCACAAGAAGUUGCCCUCAUGGUAGCUGGUCCUGAGUCUGAGCUUCUGCAAGAAAUGCCCUCAAUGGAAGACUUUCAUAUGAUGAACGAACUUCAAACUAAAGAUAUACCUGUUGUUUGAGAUGCAGAGUGUGUUUCUUAAAGAAAAAUGAACAAUUUACUAGCGAUUUUCCUGUCCAGUAAUGUUGGAGCACAGUUGUUCUGAAGCGUUAAUCUUUGAUGUUCAUUUGGUGAAUACAUUCUGCCGGAAAAUGUUCCUUUGCUGGAUGUCGUCUUGUAUGCAGUAGUUUUUGUUUCAUUUGUUUUAUGUCUUUAUGUACUCUGUGUAUUCAUUUUUUCUAUUUAUUAAA